AUGCUCCGCGACUCCCGAGUCUCUCGGCGAUACACGACGCUGGAGGCCGUGGCCUUGCACGAGUCGGUUCCUCCGGAUCGCUGGUGCGUGACGUACGCAGACCUGAAGUACUUGAAGCAGGAGGUGCGCCGGGCUGUUUCCGAGGGCGAGCUGCGCCCUUCGGAGCGCGACGUGGAGGAUCGCGCCCUUCCGCCUUCUGACGAGGUUCAUGGGCCGAGCAUCUACCUCGUCAACGAGAAGCACAUCAUGCCGGUGACGGAGCAGGCCGGCAAGGUGAGCUGGGCCUUGAUGAGGCACCCCGAAGGCCUGGACUGCGACCUCUUCAUCAGCCACGCCUGGCAGGAGGGCAUCUUCGAGUUCCUCUCCAAGGUGCUCUUCUCCUGGCCUGCAGGUGCGCGGCAUGCCUGGUGUUGCAUGCUGGCCAAUCCGCAAAACUUGGACAUAGGAGCCUUGCUACAGUCCCCUGGCAAUUCGCCAUUUGCGCUGGCUCUGCAAGCCUCCACUUACGUCCUUGUUGUUCCAAAUCGUGAAUGCAGCGUCUACACGAGGAUCUGGUGUUGCUAUGAGGCAUAUUGCGCCCAUGAGACGGGAAAGACGAUUCUUAUUGCCAGGCGCUCGAACAGAAAGGAGAUGGGCACAGCUUUGUUCCGGACGCUUCUGCUUGGAUUGACAGGUGUGAUUGCUGCAGUGAUUCUAAAGUCAUGGAAGCACACCGCCUGCCACACUGAUGCUCACCAUGUCAUCAGUAUACUGGCUGUAUGCCUCGCGGUAGCCAGCGCGGUGGCUGGCACAACUCUUCAACACAAUGGGUGCCGAAGUGUAUUGAACGGGCUUGGAGCAUUGGCAGCAGGGCUACUGACAGUGCAUUGGCGCACCGUCCAUGGCUUCCUUGCCCUUCCGGGGUUUCAAGAGAUCGAUAUCGCGCUCGCUGCGCAGCGAGUGCUUCUUGGUUUCUUCACACUCUUGUUCUGCUUGAUGGAGGUGGACCGUGUCAACAGCCUCUCCAGGGCGGAGGAAGCCCUGCAGCUCCAACGAGGGUUUCGGGGUUCAAUUGCUCACGCAACUUGCUCCAGGGCCGAGGAUGCCGCGCGCAUUCAUGCGGAGAUCGGCGCCAACACGGAAGCCGUGGACUACGCCAUCCGAGUCCUGUUGGCCGCUGGGAUGUCAACGCCGACCCUGAGACAGGUCGCCCGUGCGGGGGUUGGGAUUCACGAGGCCGGCCACGCCGAGAUAUCCGUGCCCGUCCUAGCACUAGUUCCGUUUGGUCUGAUCGCGGCGCUGCGCCUUCUCGACGACAUUGUGUGUCCGCACCCCUGGGUUCAUGUGGUGAUUCAGAGCCUUCCCGUUGCGUGCAGGGUCCUGCUCGCCAUCGUGAUCUAUCGAAGCUCCUGGGACGAGCGAUGCUUCAUCAUGAAGCUGAUGACCCGACUCCUGGCGGUGUACAUCCUCGUCAUGUUCCCGGUUGUCAUGUUCUGGGAGUGGAAGAACCUCCUGCAAGACCGGCCCCAACAAGCGUUCUUGGGAGCUCUGUUCUUCUUGACCACAAGCGGCUUCGCCCUCCUCGGCAUGAAGGGUACCUUGGCCCUCCCCUACUGCGGGCCCUGCCUCCUGCAGCUCUUUCUUGGUCGCGGCCUGCACGCGCUGCGCCUGGACUCAGAUGCACUUCAGGAGGCGAAGUGCGACAGCGAGUCCGCGCAUGAGGAUCGUGUAGAGCCGGAGUCGGAGAUGCCGCGGUGCUCCUUUUUCGUUCUCAAGAUCGCCCUGAUGCCGUAUCUCUGCGAGCUCACCGCGGUCCCGGCCGGCUGGCCCCUGGACACCGUCCUCGACGCCUUCGUGCACUCGGCGUGGUACGGCCCGUGGUGGGACCCUGGCAAUGCGCAGCGCGCCCUCGAGGCGCUGGCGGCGCGGCUGGUGGAGCUCUGGGCCGCGCGGCCGGCGGAGGCGGCGGCCUGGCGCGGUCUGAGCGAGGACCGCUCCCAGGAGCGGCUGGCCGAGCUGCUCUUCCAGCACGCGCGGAGCGAGCGGAGCCGGUGCGUCGUCGGCUCCUUCUCGGAGGCGGGGCUGGAGCGAGUGGCUUGGAGUUGGACGCCGCUGGCAGCGGCCGAGGCGGAGGCCGAGGAGACGGCGCGGAAGCGGCAGAAAGUGGAGGAGAGGGGCCAGGAGGAGCAGCUGCGGGAGGAGAAGAGGCAGCUGGGCGAGCGCCUGGAAGCCGCCGAGGCCGAGCUCCAUUCCGCGAAGGAGGUCGUCGCCCAGGUCAAGUUGCAGAACGCGCAGCUGAGUGCCGGCUUGGAUGCGGCGCAGGCCGCAAGCACAGAGACGCAGCGGGAGAUCCAAGCCGCGAAGCACGAGUGCGGGCUGCUCGCGGACCGCCUGGCGGCUGUGGAAGCGACGGCAGCUCACCAGGCACGUGAGCUCCAGGCCGCUCAGGACGAGGGUGUCGCGCAGAAGGAGUGGUGCGAGCAGCUUGCACGUCGCUUGGAGGCCUCAGAAGCCGAGGCAUCAAGACAGCAACGUGACCUUCAAAGGCUGCAGGACGAGUGUGCCCAGCACAAGGAAAACUGCGAUCGGCUCGCAACCUGCUUGGCGGCUGUGGAGGCUGUCUCCGGAAACAAGCCAGAUUUGCAGAGCCUGCUGGAGAGUAGUGCAGUCUACAAGGAUCGCUGUGAGCAGCUCAACACGCAGCUGACCAAAGCAGAAGCCAAGUUGGAGACCAAGCUGGGCCAGAUGCAGGCUCUCUGGCAAGAGAAGGGCGCGUGCCAGGAGCGGUGUCGUCAAUUGGAGCGCCAGCUCACGCGCUUCGGCGGGCAUGGAGCUCAUGCCGCCCUCGCCUGCGGAGCCUCCAGCAGCCCUGAAUCCGGCCUGACCGAGCAGAUGGGAUACACCAUGGUGGAUGUUGAUGACGACGCCUCGUCGGUUCUGAGCUGCUCAUCCUGGUUCUCCGUGAGGCCUCACUGCUUCAUGUCAGACGCCAUCUUCAAGACACGCAGCUGCGGAAACGACUUCUUCCUCCCAGGCGGCGAUCUCAAGAAAGGGUCCCAAGUGGUUGCCGGAGACGACGCGACCAUUUUGAAGGUGGUUGCCAACCCUGAACUCUGCCGAGCCUCCGAAGUCGUCGACUUGCAAGCAGGAGCUGCCACGCUGCGGGUGACCCCGGACCACCUCGUGCAGGUCCCAGUCCCGGAUGCAACCGGCGAGUCAGGGAAGAUCGCCGAGAACCGCGACUAUGACUUCCUCGCGGCCGGUGACUUGAAAGUGGGGGACCACGUGAUGCUCGAUUCCGGGGAGCCGGUGGUUCUGGCCAGCGUGGACCGUCGGCCCGCAGACUGCGAGGUGCUGAAGAUCGUCUUCGAGCCGGACCUGCCUGUGGCCGUCUUCUCCUCCCCUCCCUGCAUCCUCAGCAAAGGCCACAAGCGGAAGCCCUCGACGCGCCGCGGAAAGGACAAGAACCGAGGCCGGAGCCAAGGAACAGCGGACCAGCCUGACGGGACCAUGGAUGGCGGAGCCUCGAUCCCCAUGACGGCUGGAGACUACAUGGAGAGCUGUUUUGAUUUAGAUCCUGUGCAGACGUGGCUCACAGUUUUGGACCUCGCGCAGAAGAUCGCAGGGCUCUCCAAGCCAGAGGUGCCGUGCCCGGGAGCCGGUGGCCACUUGUACGACGUCCGGGAACCUCUCGUGGAGGCACCCGCAUCCUUAAGGAGUCUCCUCCAUGGCGUGACCUCUCCUGGCUGCCAGCCAUUGGAUGGAUGCGGCUGCUGGGAAGAGAAGGUCUGCAGCUCAUGUUCCCUGUCAGCCUGCGGCAUCGAGCACCUCCGGAGCGUGAGGCCCCUGUCUGGCGGGACCAACCGCCUGCGGCAGGAUCUCGCAGCGGCGUAUGGCCUGGAGGAUUCUACUGGUAGGCGCUGGGCGCUGAAGCUCGCGGACCAGGAGCAGGGCUCCUACAAUCGGGCCGUCCAGGCCUCCCAGCUUGCCCACGUCCUGGGCGUACCCACGCCGCGCGUACUUCAGGUGUCGCCAGCUUCUUGCCCAGCUGUCUUUCAGCACGAGGACUUGAAGGAGGCCGCGGCAGAGUUCCACAGCCAGAAGAAGCAGUGGGCCUUGCUGCAGGAGUUCGUCAGCGAAAGAGAUGACCUUCCCUGCACCACCAGCUCCCAGCCUUUCUGGGUGCAGAUAGGUGAAAUCGCCAUGUUUGACUGGCUCACGGGGCGGAAUGACCUCUUCAAUGACUUGUUGGUUGGGGGCGAGAUGGCCUUGGAAGAGAACAUGGCCAUGAACAAGGACAACAUUGUGACUACUCCAUCGCAGGCCGUAGAGAUUGACCUGGGCUUCUCUGAGCCUUGUUGCUUGGACGACUUCGUUCAGAUCCUGGAGGGUCUGGGACACAGGCGGCUGAGCUGGGUUUCGUCGCACAUCCUGGUGCUCAUGUGCGAGGGCCGACGCGGAGGAUUGGGUGCAGGCACAUGUGCCACUGCCUUUGGCCAGUAUGGGGCGCCAGGCAUCUUGAAAGGGUGGCACUCACAAAUCUCCAAGAUCCAGAUUGAGCGGGGGCUUGCCGAGCUGGCGCUGCGUGCGCUGGCCCUAGCAGGCCGAGAUGCUUGGUCCUACCCUACAAAUGCGACCCUCGGGCUCCUCCAACAGAAGUGGCCUCCGAUCACAGGGCGCGCGGUGGUGGAGAAACUGCGGGCGGAGGAGGCAGCGGCAAUCGAGAAGUCCCUGUCUGUGGGCCAGAAAUGCUGCAGCGUGGACUGUCAAUACAGAGGCAGUUUCUGGAUGUGGCACAGUUGUGGACAGAAAGCCCUGAAGACGGUUCCGGCUGAACACGGCUGCAACAUCAAGCUCAGUGACUUCUCACGCGCCUUGCAUUGCACGCCAAUCUGCAAUGGCGCCAAGAAAGUCUGGGGCUCCGUCAGCGAGACCAGAUUUGUGGUUGCAGGGCCUCGGUGUUUGGAGGAGCCAUUUUCCGAUCGUCGCGUGCAUAGUCUCGACGGCCUCCGACACGUUUUGGACGAGGCUGCACGCAGCAUGGGCCAGCUGCCUUGGGAACACAUGCAGCAAGACUCGAUCUGCUUAACGGCGGUCGGGAUCCAGACCGUCAUCGCGGUCAAUCGCUUUGCAUACCUCUGGAAUGGUCGGACCUCCUGUGCACGGAUGCUUGUGGCUCCGGAAGUCGAGAAGACGGAUGCUCAUCGCCCUGUGUGGCUGCUCAUGGGCCAUUUCCACUCCGACAGCUUGCAGCACUUUCUGCAGUCUCUCAGCCGACGCGGAGCCAUACGUUGGGACUUGCAAGAGACCUAUGACACCGUGAGACCCUGUGGACAAGGCCUGCAUGGGACAGUCUUUGUCGGUGAGUUCAAGGCUUCGCCUUCAAAGAGGACUUCCCGGAGUCGGGGCCGCAGGGUGGCGGUCAAGGUCACCGACUCGGAUGAGGAUUACGUCAGAAGAGAAGUUCGCUUCAUGUCUGAGACGGGCGAGCAUCCCAACAUCGUCUCCUUGCUUGGCGUGUUCGGUGUGGAGAAGGGGGACGCUUCGGGCCAGCGUACGCGCUACGCGUUGGUCAUGGAGCUCGGUUCCCGUGGAGAUCUUGGAGCCCGACUUGCACGUGGCGCUCUUCCACGACGCAGAGGGAUCGAGACCAUGAUCGGCGUGACGUCGGCGCUGGCUUUCCUGCACAGCCGGCGAGUCGUCCACCGAGAUGUGAAGCCAGAAAAUGUGAUCUUACACGCUGACCAUCGCCCUAUGCUGGUUGAUUUCAGCAUCGCUGCAUCCUUAGACGAUCCGUCCGCCUUACGACGGAGUGGUGGCUCGCCAGGAUACGCAGCUCCUGAAAUCAUCGAGCAGCGACCUCACUGCGAGAAAGUGGAUGUUUUUGGUGCGGGUGCUCUAUGGUACACAUUGCUCUCGGGGCGACUUCCGUUUCCCGGAGGUAGCACGAAGGAGAUUCUUGCCAGCUCGCUCCGAUGUGAUGUCGCGCUGGCCAUGAAAUCUUGCCCGGAAUGCUGCGAGCCGCGGGUGCAGUCGUGUUUGAGAGGAAUGCUGGCAAGGCAGCCUUCGGAACGGCCGACGGCACUGCAGUGCUUCACGUCCAUCUGGCAGCUUUCGGCGGACGCAAGGCGAAAUCCAACCUGCGUCGAGUCGAUGACGUUCCUGGCCUCUUCGGGCCUGGCUCCCGAGCUCCGGGCUCCAGACCGGCCAGCGCCAGGCGCGUCGAAAGAGCUGGCUGAGGACCUGAGCCCUUCAACCUAUGCAUCCCUUAUGAUCGAAUUCGUGUUCAAGACAUUUAGCUUCCAGCGCCUGCACCUCUUCGGGACACACCAACUCCUGACGGUGAGAGCGCACUAG